AUGAGCAAAAAUUAUGUGCGACUAUUGGUACUGAUCUUGAGCUACCUGUCACUGGUACAGGCUGCCGCAUACGACAGAGAAGGAAUUGCUGGACGAAAGCUAGCGAAGACUGGGCACAGACAUAAAGGACAGAGUGGGCGGAAAGGGAAGGCCGGGGGGCAAUUGCAAGGAUCGGUUUUGAUUGUUACAGAGACUGUCAAAGAGACGGUGACGGCGGGCAGUGGUGCUGGCGUUAACUCGCAGGGAUCGGUUUUGAUAGUUACAGAGACUGUCAAAGAGACGGUGACGGCGGGCAGAGGCGCUGGCGUUAACGGAACGAUCGCGGCCGGGACCGUGACGGAGACGGUCACCGUGACCCAAAAUGGAGCUGCUGGGGCACUACCUGGCACUGGGAACUUGCAGCUCUCUUUCGUGACAACAACAGUUUUCGGCACGGGCUCGCCUUCAACCGUCACCAUCACAGCUUUACCCCAGACCAUCACUCAGACGGUAGUCCAAACCAUCACCCAAGUCCAGGUCGUCGCCUCGACCGUCACCCAGAUCCAGUCGGUACCAGCAUCAAGUUCUUCCAGUCAAGUACCAGGAGUGGUUGCGGGAGCACCUGCCAAUGACGGACUACCGCGCGCCAGCGGUGGAGUGGGAGUGACGACGGUUUCGAUCCCAGCUGCUUUACACACUUCGACUUUGGAGGUGCCCCCGGCUGCUACUGCUCCUUCGACCUCAAUCUCGGUGCCCUCAGCUGAAACAACCUCCACGACGAGCGCGGCAGUAACAACUAGCAGCACAUCAUCCUCUGCCUUGGGGCUCUCUACCACUUCAACCACCGUGGAGACCAUCACCACAUCCACAACCAACCUCGCCACCAGCACAUCAACCAGCGCCCCCGCCGUAGCCAUAACUUCAGUAGUCUCUGUGAAAGCCCCUUCCUCGACCUCGACCUCGACCUCGACCUCGACCUCGACCUCGACCUCAACCUCAACCUCGAGCACCACCGCCGCCGUAGGAGCAGGAGCUGAGCCGACCUCAGUCCUUGUUCUCCCGGUCGUUUCAGCAGCCAAGCCGACAACCACCACAGUGAUGCCGGGUGUUGCGAAUGGAGGGAUUCAAUUGACUCUUGAUGUGUCGGGGCUGAGUCUGACGAACGUGUUGAAUUUGGGGAAUUUGGUACCGCCUACGGCUGCUGCGCGGCCGUGA